GUCCAGGUUGGUCUUGGCUGGGCUGUCCUUUGGGAAGGGCAUCAGUGUGCCGCUGGAAUGGAGGGAGCCUUGGCAGAGCCUUUCCACAGGGUCACACCCCUGCUGGAGAGCUGGGCGCUGUCUCAGGUGGCAGGCAUGCCCGUCUUCCUUAAAUAUGAGAAUGUGCAGGUAGCCGGCUCCUUUAAGAUCCGGGGCAUCGGACAUUUCUGUCAGCAGAUGGCCAAGAGGGGAUGCAAACAUCUGGUGUGCUCCUCAGGGGGCAACGCGGGCAUUGCGGCAGCAUACUCGGCUCAGAAGCUGGGCAUUCCCGUCACCAUCGUCCUCCCAGAGAGCACCUCCUUGCAGGUGGUGAGGCGGCUGGAGGGGGAGGGGGCCGAGGUCCAGCUGACUGGAAAGGUCUGGGAUGAAGCCAACGUAAAGGCACAAGAACUGGCCACAAGGGAUGGCUGGGUGAACGUCUCCCCAUUUGACCAUCCCCUGAUAUGGGAAGGCCAUGCCAGCCUAGUGCGGGAGCUGAAAGAGUCGCUGGGGACCCCUCCAGGUGCUGUGGUGCUGGCCGUGGGGGGCGGAGGACUCUUGGCGGGUGUGACUGCUGGCCUGUUGGAGGUAGGCUGGCAGCAUGUGCCCAUCAUUGCCAUGGAGACCCACGGGGCGCACAGUUUCAACGCGGCCUUACAGGCAGGCAGGCUGGUCACUCUGCCAGACAUCACCAGCGUAGCCAGGAGCCUGGGAGCCAAGACGGUGGCCGCACGGACCUUGGAGUGUGCAAAGGAGUGUGAGGUCCUCUCUGAGGUGGUAGAAGACCAGGAUGCUCUCAGAGCUGUGCAAAGAUUCCUGGAUGAUGAGCGUAUGCUGGUGGAGCCUGCCUGUGGUGCUGCCCUGGCCGCUGUCUACUCUGGCAUCCUGCGGAAGCUCCAGGCUGAGGGCCGCCUGAGCCCAGCCCUGGCUUCUGUUGUGGUCAUCGUGUGUGGUGGCAACAACAUCAGUAGCCAACAGCUUCAGGAGCUGAAAAUCCAGCUGGGCUGCAGCUGAAGAAUCCAAGGGACCUCGUUUCCAGCGGGCCUGCCCUCUUCCUUCAGGUAGCCCUCCUGGAUUGCUCUCAGCGGCUCCCU